CAGAGAAACCCUGUCUCCAAAACAAAACAAAAAAGCAUAAGCUCCUUAUUCCCCCCACCCCACCCCGCCUGGGACUGGCCUAGGUAUGAAUUCUGAGCUCAAGGCUGCAAGUUCAGUCCUGGGGAGCCUGAGAUAUAAUAAAGGCACAGAAAAGUCCAAGUCAUUGUUGUCAUGAGGUGAGGGAGUGCUUGCUAGGGGUCUGGCUAGAGGAAGAGGCUGACGCCUCCAGUAGCCAGGGUUCUAUCUCUGAGUACUUUAGUAUGAGGUCUAGAUUCUCAACGGCGGGCUGACCAGUCCCAAUGGGCGUGGUUAGGAAAUGGUCAUUGCUAGAAUGCAAAGGGAAAGCGUCCAGCACCACGAAGGAAAGGGAUGGUACCGAGGAACUCUGGAUGGUCUGACAGCCACCCUUCCUCUCCCCAGUUAUUUUUGCUCUCUGUGACCUGCAAGUUUCCUGUCAGACGGGACAGAACAAACCCCUGUCACUGAAAUGAAUGCCAGGGGUCCGACAAGUCUGCCCCACUACCCUUUAACAGAGCAGUACUAGGAGUUGAACCCAGGACUUAACACAAAACUGUGUACCCCCUUUCAUUAUUUUUAAAUUUUGAGACAGGGUUUAGCUAAAUUGCCCACGCUGACCUAGAGCUUGCCUUUGCCUCUGGAGCAGCUAGAAUCACAGACUCUCCUGUCUUCCUCUGCCUCUGCCCCUCGCAGACCCUGCGAGAAUUUUCAAGGCUUUUCUAGGCGCUCCAGGUGCUCUAUUAGUUUUCUUGACUCUUACCUCAUAACCUAUCCCUUCGUACCCACUCUGCCGGGCAAUUCUUGGAUCCCUGGCUAAGCAAGUGAGUUCCUGCCUGGCCAGGACCAGUUUAUCCACCAGCAGCCCUUACAUGCAAGUCUUGAAAUGUGAAUUACAACAGCUCCCUCAGAACCCUCGCGGGAAUAUCCCUCGUCACGUGGGAUCUAGUCUAGCCACCUCAUGCUCCUUACGCAUGCGCCUCGCUCACUGCAGGGGUAGACCCAAUGCUGUAAGCCCCGCCCACCCCCUCCGGGCCCACCCCCUGCUCAGGAAAUCUGCAUCCUAAUUGGCUAUCUUGGGGUUGGAUGAUUGCCCACUCAGGCAGGGCUGAGCCCCCCGAUGGGGGCUGGGGAUGGAUGGUGGUGCUCUCGGCGUUCUUCCAGUCCGCGCUCGUGUUUGGGGUGCUCCGUUCCUUCGGUGUCUUCUUCGUAGAAUUUGUGGCGGCGUUUGAGGAGCAGGCAGCCAGAGUCUCCUGGAUCGCUUCAAUAGGGAUCGCGGUGCAGCAGUUUGGGAGCCCAAUAGGCAGUGCCUUGAGCACGAAGUUGGGGCCCCGGCCUGUGGUGAUGACUGGGGGCAUCUUGGCUGCGCUGGGGAUGCUGCUCGCUUCGUUUGCCACCUCCUUGACCCACCUAUACCUGAGCAUUGGGCUGCUGUCAGGCUCUGGCUGGGCCCUGACCUUCACUCCGACCCUGGCCUGCCUCUCCCGUUACUUCUCUCGACGGAGGUCUCUGGCCAUGGGGCUGGCACUGACUGGAGUGGGCCUCUCGUCUUUUGCAUUUGCCCCCCUCUUCCAGUGGCUGAUCAGCAACUAUGCCUGGAGGGGAGCCCUCUUGCUAGUGUCUGCCCUCUCCCUACACCUGAUGGCCUGUGGCGCUCUGCUCCGCCCACUCUCCCUGACUGAAGACACUUCUGUGGGUGGCCCUGGAGCCCAGCUCACCUCCCUCUUCCAUCAUGGCCCCUUCCUCCGUUACACUAUUGCCCUUACUCUGAUUAACACUGGCUACUUCAUUCCCUACGUCCAUCUGGUGGCCCAUCUGCAAGACCUAGGUUGGGACCCACUGCCUGCUGCCUUCCUGCUCUCGGUGGCUGCUAUUUCUGACCUUGUGGGCCGUGUGGCAUCUGGUUGGCUGGGAGACGCCGUUCCAGGGCCCGUGGCUCGACUGCUGAUGCUGUGGACAACCCUGACUGGGGUGUCACUAGCCCUGUUCCCUGUGGCUCAGGCUCCCACAAUCCUGGUGGUUCUGGCUGUGGCCUAUGGCUUCACCUCAGGGGCCCUGACCCCAGUGGCCUUCUCCGUGCUUCCUGAACUGGUGGGGACUGGAAGGAUUUACUGCGGCCUGGGGCUGGUGCAGAUGAUAGAGAGCAUCGGGGGGCUGUUGGGAGCUCCACUGUCAGGCUACCUCCGGGAUGUGACAGGCAACUACACAGCAUCCUUUAUGGUGGCCGGCGCCUUCCUUCUUGCUGGGAGUGGAGUUCUCACCACUUUGCCCCAUUUCUUCUCCUGCACCUCAGCUUCUACCUCCAGACCCCAGGACCUUGUAAUAGAGCCACUGGAUACCAAAAUUCCUCUGCCCAAAGAGGAGGGCUUGGGAGAGGACUGAACUCCCCCAGGAGACAGAGCUGACGGAAAGCCAGAGCUUGGCAGCACGAGGUCUUCUGCCCCAUCAAGGCAUCCACACAAGCACAGUGCCUUAGGGUCCUUAAUCUGCCUCCACCAGCAGACCUGGGCUCCCUGCGAUGGAUGUGCCAACCCUUUGUAUUUUGUCGAUGACUCUCAUAUCACCUCCUUUGUCCUCCCAAGCUUUUCUGAAGGAUCCAGGAGAUCUCAACCCAUUGAGUUCUGAAUCAAAUCUGAGAAUCAAAGGCCAAGAGUCUUCUCAUGUUUUAUAUAUGGUUUCUGGUGUCCCUUGGAUAUAAAACAAAUAAGGAAACUGGACAAUAAUUGAAACCUCAAAAAGAGCUGGAGGUCCAGGUGCUUGGGGCAGCUAACAGGGUCAUGGCUGAACAAAGGAGUGGAGACGUCCAUGAGCUCUGGCGACACAGUUCUUCCCUCCAUCCACUAAGCUCCCUCUUCUCCACUAUUCCCGUGAUAGAGGGGAAAAAUGAAGAGAAAAAUCUAUGUAUGGAGGAAGGUGGCUUGGGAGCAGAAUCUGCAACCUAAGAUUCUGGUACUUUUGAGACAGAGCCUCACCAUGUAGCCCAGGCUGCUCUCGAACUUGAGACCUGACCUCCUCCCAAGUGCUGGGAUUACAGGUGCUCACAACCACAUCCAGUGGAUUUUUGUUUCUCUCAGGCUAACAAAGGCAAAUCAAAUGCAAGAAGAAGUAUGACAUUUGGGAGCUGGAAAAAAGGCUCAGCGGUUAAAAGCACUUCCCACUCUUCUGGAGGGCCAGAGCCACCCACACAUGGUGGCUCACAACCACCUAUUAAUCCAGAUCCAGGGGAUCCGAUGUCCUCUUCUGGCUUCCGUGGACACACACAUACAGCAUAAAUAAAAGUCAAACCUUU